AUGUUGUCCACACCUAAUAGUCUUCGUUUUAUUUUAGGGUUUCACAAUAUGGAAUUAAGCCAUCGUGUCCCGUUCAUACCCAAGGUUUCUGAAGUUGAUAGUCGAAAUACAAAUGGUGAUAAUUCAUUCUUGAAACGCAGCACUGUAAAUAGGCAGUCAAAACUUCAGUGGAUUUUACUAUCUGUUAUUGUAUUUGCUUUUUCAACACUACUAAUAAUUAGUAUGUAUUAUUUCUUUUUCCGUUCAUUUUCUUUUGGGAACAUGAGUUUGGACAUUGAUAUGUUGGAGGUGAAAAAAUGUCCUGGAUGUGCUGGACAGUCUAUUUGUCCACAUUUUUAUCGUGGAGAAAUUCGGUUCACUAGUAGUCAAAAUAAUAUUUUUCAAUCUACCAAAGACGGAUUAUCCUUUCCUGUUGUUGGAUACAAAGCUACUAUGGGUCUUUACGAAACUACUAGAUAUGUUCUUCUUCGCCGUCUUGGAAGUCCAGCCACGCCAUAUGCCGUUGAUAAAGCUGUUUGUCGACGAGGUUUGAGACAAGGUUCCCAUAUGUUCUCACAGUCUCUUCUAGCUAAUCUUUCUUGUAUACCACAUCUUUCGAUUUGGCGCUGGCGCCCAACAAGUGCUGAUAAUCAUGAUCCAUUUAGUAACUCAGUAGAAUCUCCACUUGGUAGAGAAGUUCUGGCAGUUCCAAUUCCUUCAGUAAAUCAAAAGAGUGUGGAAAAUAAAAGUGUUGUACAAUCAAGUUUCGCUCCAGCCACACGGUGUUCUAGCGAUCGUUUGUUUGAACAUCUUCAAAAGAGAUUUUUAGAACGAACAAGCUUUGGAGCUGAAACUCGUUGGUUACGUUUUGAUGAAUUGAUGUUCCUUUUUAAUUUGGCAAUCGAUCCUCAAAGUGUAAUCAUACAAUCGUUUCCACGCAAAGAAAAUUGGCCUUUUCCAAGUUAUUUAGGCUCUUGUGGACGUUGGUCUGUUGAAGAGUAUCACGGUGUACCAUUGAGCUAUUUCUGUUUGGCUCCUUUAUGGAUAAGAUUACAGAUUUUGUUAAAUAUUCUCAGUUUACCAGAAAAAUUAGAGCAUCAAUCUACUGUUGAAAUGAAUCAUGGUAAUUUUGUUCAUAAUAUGCAUAGAGAUAAUUCAUCUCAUGGUUAUGCAAUAUACCUUGGAGAUUUUGAUUUAAACUCAUUAUUUCUAGUAGAUCCUACAACAUAUGAUGUAACUAUUUCAAAUUUAAGACAUGCAAUUAUUGUUGAUACACAAACAUUAAUUAACUUCCAUUUUAAAUCAACCAUUGAAAAAGAACAUACUGUUCCAACUAAUGCUUUAGUUAAAGUACUCAAUGGUUUACAAUUACACAAUUGUUUUGGUAAUAUAUCUACUUCAGGUGAUACAGAUGGUGAUACACCACCAUGUUUACACACUAAUCAUGUUGAUGAUUUAUGUUCUUAUCAAAAAUCAGAUCAUAAUAUCUGGGUUAUAUGUACUAGUUUACUAUACGGUGUUAAUAGUAAAGAUAAUAAUGAUUAUAAUAAUUUUCUUUAUCAAAUGCCAAAUGAAUUAUAUACACUUAUUAAACGUUGCGUUCAUGAAUCAGGAAUUGGUGUAAGACGUCAAUUAAUUGAAAAAGCUCGUCAUUUAAUCAAACAAAAUAUUUAAAAUGUUAACUUGUCUCUUCCUCUGUUAAUUUAAUUUAUAGAAAAUUAAGUCGUUCACUGUGUGUGUGUGUUUGACUGUUUUUUACUCAUUUAUUUAGUUACUAGGUCGUAGACGAGUUGUUUAGUGCAUUUUUUAAAACAAAAAACGUAACUAAUUAUUUUUGCAUUUUAAACUAAUUGACCUAAUUUAAUCCGUAUUUUUCUUAUCAUAUUUACGAUUAGUUUGUUUAAUCUGUUCUAGUUGUUAUUAUUCUCUUUUUUUCUGGCUGUGAUAAUCAGUUUAAUCAUUCCCCCCUUUUGCUUUACACAAUUCUUAAAGUUUUUUUUAGGAAAUGGAAUUAUAUUUUUAUUCUUAAAUGUUUCGUGGUUUUUGUAUUUCUUUGACAUUUUAUUGUAAAAUGUUUUAUGAAUGUCAGCACGUUAAAUGGUUGAAUGUGAGAUUUAGCUUUUGUGAUGAUUGAAACUUGUCAGCAAGAUGUGUACCUGUAAUCAUGAAAGAACUGAUACUUUUGUGAUAUAUUUGAGCCAGGAUCAUUUAGCUUUACGCUAUACUACUGAGUUAUUUGAACAGUGACGAACUUCCUAUAAAGUUGAAAUAUUUUCGAUUGAUUGAUUACUGUCUAAUCAGUUGUAGAUCUCUAUGUUUAAUUUAUAAGUAUUUUCCGUUGUCGUGAUACUAUCGAAGUCAACAUAGAAAUCUGGGAGGUUGAUAGCAAGAAGUAUGUUAUGCGUAUUCAUGUUGUUCAUGUUUCAGUCUUCUAAUAUCAUUAUAUGAAUUAUCCUAAUCACUGUAAACGAGUAGUAGGUAGGUUGUUUUAGGUUUGGUUAGAUCAGAGUUAGCCAAACCGUGAUUCGUCAUUUACUCCUGCACUACAGUCAUAAUCAACAUAGAGCCUAGCAUAAAUAUAUGUUAACCUAGGUCACUAUACUACGUCAGCACGACUAGAUUAUUAAGAUGAGUAAUAAAGCAGUCGAAAUAAUCAUAAUAGCAAUGAUAAUGAGAAAGACUGAGCAUUGUGAAUAUGAUUAGGGAAGACUUAGUAAAGGAAUAUGUAUGAAUGAAUACUAAGAUUCAAGUGUAAGGUAAAUAACAAUUGCAGUUGUGUACUUUGACUGGUUCUGACUGAAGAUUCAAUGUUUAAAUCUGCUGAUAGCAUGGGGUCCAACCACCUAUAUGAUUCGUUAUUUCACUUAGAAUCAUCCAUUACCAAGUCCACAAGUUAGAUAAUCUCAAAUUAUUUUAAGCAGCU